CCUCGUGAUUGAUUUUCUUCCAUGGAAUUCCAGCAAAUGCACACCUAGGCCCCAUAACAAUAUUGCGUUGCCAUGGUUUCGCCAUUCCAUAUUUAUGUUGGUAGCAUUAUGGGUAUGUAGAUUACUCCAGAGACACCUCGUUCAUGGGCAUCUUGUUCCUGAACAGUGCGAGGUGUUGUGCUGCGCGUUUCGAACCACACCUUGUUCGAUGUCAUACAACUGAUGAGAACAUCCUAGCAUCAUGCGGAUCGCCAUAAUUUUCGUGGUAGGCGCUCUUUUCUUCUCUGCCGAUGGGCACCGCAUUCCCGUUGAGCGGACAAUACAGGAGUCGGUGCAGGAGGAAGAUAUGGCGGCGCUCCGAGAGCUGAGCGAACUCCUUGAAAGGCUGCCCAAGGUUCUCAAUGAGCACAGGACCGGCGAAGGGGAGGAAGAACGAAAGAGACACAAAGAGGAGGAGUACGAGCCCAUGUACAAGAGAAGGAAUGACGAAUGGGAGGAGGAACGAAAGAGACACAAAGAGGAGGAACACGAGCCCAUGUACAAGAGGGAAAAUGACGAAGGGGAUGAGGAACGAAAGAGACACAAAGAAGAGGAGUACGAGCCCGUGUACAAGAGGGAAGAUGACGAAGGAGAGGAGGAGGAACGAAAGAGACACAAAGAAGAGGAGUACGAGCCCAUGUACAAGAGGGAAGAUGACGAAGGAGAGGAGGAGGAACGAAAGAGACACAAAGAAGAGGAGUACGAGCCCGUGUACAAGAGGAAAAAUGACGAAGGAGAGGAGGAGGAACGAAAGAGAUACAAAGAGGAGGAGUACGAGCCCAUGUACAAGAGGGAAGAUGACGAAGGAGAGGAGGAGGAACGAAAGAGACACAAAGAAGAGGAGUACGAGCCCGUGUACAAGAGGAAAAAUGACGAAGGAGAGGAGGAGGAACGAAAGAGACACAAAGAGGAGGAGUACGAGCCCAUGUACAAGAGGGAAAAUGACGAAGGGGAGGAGGAACGAAAGAGACACAAAGAAGAGGAGUACGAGCCCGUGUACAAGAGGGAAGAUGACGAAGGAGAGGAGGAAGAACGAAAGAGACACAAAGAGGAGGAGUACGAGCCCAUGUACAAGAGGGAAAAUGACGAAGGAGAGGAGGAGGAACGAAAGAGACACAAAGAGGAGGAGUACGAGCCCAUGUACAAGAGGGAAAACGACAAAGGAGAGGAGGAACGAAAGAGACACAAAGAAGAGAAGUACGAGCCCAUGUACAAGAGAGAAAAUGACGAAGGAGAGGAGGAGGAACGAAAGAGACACAAAGAAGAGGAGUACGAUCCCAUGUACAAGAGGGAAAAUGAAGAAGAGGAGGAACGAAAGAGAGACAAAGAGGAGGAACACGAGCCCAUGUACAAGAGGGAAAAUGACGAAGGAGAGGAGGAACGAAAGAGACACAAAGAGGAGGAGUACGAGCCCGUGUACAAGAGGGAAGAUGACGAAGGAGAGGAGGAACGAAAGAGACACAAAGAAGAGGAGUACGAGCCCAUGUACAAGAGGGAAGAUGACGAAGGGGAGGAGGAGGAGCGAAAGAGACACAAAGAAGAGGAGUACGAGCCCGUGUACAAGAGGGAAGAUGACGAAGGGGAUGAGGAACGAAAGAGACACAAAGAAGAGGAGUACGAGCCCAUGUACAAGAGGGAAGAUGACGAAGGAGAGGAUGAGGAACGAAAGAGACACAAAGAGGAGGAGUACGAGCCCAUGUACAAGAGGGAAGAUGACGAAGGAGAGGAGGAGGAACGAAAGAGACACAAAGAGGAGGAGUACGAGCCCAUGUACAAGAGGGAAAAUGACGAAGGGGAGGAAGAACGAAAGAGACACAAAGAGGAGUACGGACCCACAUUUAAGCGAGGCGAUGAAGAAAACCAAGACAAUGAGGAGCGAAAGAUAUAUGGAGAGCCCAAAUACAAGGAAGGGGAUGAUGAUGGUAAUGAGGAACAGAAGAAAAGCAAGGAAGGAGAGUACGGAACCACGUAUCGAAGUGAGGGGGAACUACAGGAACUCCUUAAGCUUCUGGAAACACGAGAGGAAAAGCGAAAAAGACACAAACAUGAUUCAUGGCAGAUGUACCGUAGACAGGACGGAGGUGAGCAUGUAGACGACGAACUUCAGAAUCGCGACUGGAAGUUUCUACAGGAGCGAGAUGUUGGAGCAGGAGAACCGCUUGAAGAGACCAAGAAGGGCCACUGGUGGAGUGGGGAGAACAGAUAUGGGAAUAAUGCGAAUUGUGCAGGGAUAGGGGGAACCUGCAAAAGCAACGAUGACUGUUGUUCCCGGAGCGAAUGUGCCCUUCGAUAUCGCACUCGUGAGGGUUAUUGCAUGCCAAGCUGUAAGGACAUGCGGGAAGGAGACAGCUGUGUUUUCUGCCCAUGUCCGCAAGGCUUGAAAUGCAACGAUGUGGUCCAAGGAGGGAAAAUUCGCUUUGUUUGUGACAAGCAAUUUAUGGCACGAGAAGCUAGAGGCCAUUUAGAAUGUCUGGAUGACCGUGACUGCAGGAAGAGAGGUGGCAGGUACUGUUUCAAACACCUGACCUUCCCGUUGUCUUCCCGCUGUAUCGGCAUGUAGACCUGCGGAUCAACAGUUCUACGCAAACGACGUUCACAUCGGUUUAAGACACAGGACCGCCUUUGCUGAUGGUAUAUACACAUAUUCGUGUCAUGAAGUGUGCAUUUGUUGUGCGCCUGUUGUGUAUUUUUGGUCCCAAGCAAUCUCGACGUAAAGCAAUAAAGACCCCAUGUGAAGCAUGGAAAAGAAAUGUAAUACAUGAUUAUUCCUGACACAGACGGAACGUAUUACUUUCUUUCAAUGUAUUUAUACCAGUGAUUUCUGCUGCAUGCUAAUUAUGAGGUAGUCGAAGAUAAUACAGCAUUCUAAUGUUAACAAAGUGGUAUAUUUGUUUACUUUUGAGGAUUUGUCGGACGCCUUAGUUCACCAAUAUUUAAUGAUGAUGUAUCGUAUCUUAAACUAUGUGUAACAUGUAAGGAUAUCUUACGCAACGCCCGACGUGUAUCGAGAGAGGCAUCUCGGAACAGCAUGUCUUGUGAUAUAUAAUCAAGAACAUUUAAAGCGCAGGUAUUCAUAAUCAGAAUAAGUAGGGAACAUGAACAUGGCUUGAUUACUGGAAUGAACAAAAGAGAAUGUCUAUGCAUGUUAAAAGAUCUAGUAAAAAGACCAACUCAUCUUGCG